CAAAACACAACAAAAGUGGUUCCGUUCUCCACUCUUUGUCCGCCAUAUUAAACCCCUAGCCUGAUGGCCAGUCUGCCUAAUUCAGGAGGCACCACAGCCUCUCCUUUCAUAAGCUCAUCCUCUUCGAUCAGUGCUAGGAGUGAGAGCGACCAGCAACAAAUGAGAUCCGCCGCGGGGCUAACACGUAGCCUCAGCAAUGUAUCCAGUCAACUGAGCCGUACCUCUGUCCCUUCUUCUACCACCAGUCCUUCGGUAGUACCCACGACCAUAGGAAGCGGGAAAGUGGAGAGAAGCUGUGCCGAGUCCGAGCAACAAGAGCCCUCGGCUCCAAUAAAGAAGGUCUAUUCCUCAAAGAAGAUAAUAGAGAAAGCAUUUCACGUUUUGGAUGAAAUGAGGAAAGGAGGACAUCUUUGUGAUGUUACGAUAAGAAUAGGAACUCAGGAUUUUAGUGUACACCGUGUCGUACUUGCUGCUACCAGCCCAUACUUUCUGGCAAUGUUUACUGGUGAGCUAUCAGAAAGCAAACAAGACGUCGUUACGUUGAAAGAAGUUGAGCCGACGGCCAUUAGCCUUUUAAUCCAGUUCAUGUACACUGGGUCCAUUGAGGUCGGAGAAGACAAUGUACAGAGUCUCUUACCACCUGCUAACCUCUUGCAACUCAAUGAGGUACGAGACGCUUGCUGUGAUUUCUUAAAGGACCAGCUCCACCCAACCAACUGCCUCGGGAUCAAAGCCUUUGCUGAUAUCCACUCGUGUCAUGAUCUUCUCUCUGAUGCCCAGGCCUUUGCACAGAAACAUUUCUCGAAAGUGAUGGAAUCAGAGGAAUUCUAUUGCCUCUCUCAUACCGACGUCAUAGAGCUGGUAUCGAGCACGGAGCUUGGGAUAUUGCUAGAAGAGGACGUUUUUGAGGCCGUUAUAUCAUGGACCAAGUAUAACACUAAGGAAAGAGCAACCUAUCUACCUGAACUCCUCAAACACGUGAGGUUCUUGUUCUUACGACGCGAGUAUCUCGUCCAUCGGGUCUGUGAAGAAGAGCUCAUUCAAUCCAACCCUGCUUGUAAAGACUUUCUAAUUGAUGCACUAAAGUACCACCUCCUUCCUCCUAAUGACCGUACCUCACUCGCUGGCUCCAACUGUCCCCCUAGGAAGAGGAUUGGUAUGCCACAGUCUAUACUAACGGUUGGUGGUCAGGCCCCUAAGGCUAUACGUAACGUUGAGAUAUUUGAUGUCAACAGUCACAGCUGUCACAAUGGCCCAGAGCUGUUGUCAAGAAGAUGCAGGUGUGGAGUUACCAUUCUUAAUAACUCUGUGUAUGCUGUUGGAGGCUUUGAUGGGACCUCUCGAGUCCGCUCUGUUGAGAGGCUUGAUCUAGAUACAGAGAGAUGGUCGCACGUUGAGCCUAUGCUGUCAAGGAGGAGCACCCUAGGAGUGGCUGUCCUUAAAGGAGAGAUGUACGCCAUUGGAGGGUUUGAUGGUAACAACGGACUGGACACUGUCGAGAAAUACAACCCUGAAACCAAGCAAUGGAUAGCAGUUGCUAGUAUGAACACAAGACGCUCCAGUGUGGGCGUGGCUGUUAUGAACGAUCUCCUUUAUGCCGUUGGAGGGUAUGAUGGUUUUGCUCGCCAGUGCCUUAACUCGGUUGAAGUGUAUGAUCCCAAUACAAACGAAUGGUCAACCAUAGAGCCGAUGAUACAAAGACGAAGUGGAGCUGCUGUGGCUGUCAUUGAUAAUAUACUGUAUGCGAUAGGAGGCCAUGACGGCCCUGAUAUAAGGAAGAGCGUGGAGUGUUACGACCCUCAGUCUAAUAAAUGGUCUCGUAUUCCUGACAUGUUUACCUGUAGACGGAAUGCAGCUGCUGCCGUGGUUUACAACCUCUUGUAUGUAGUUGGGGGAGACGAUGGUGUUACUAAUCUACCAAAUAUCGAGAUAUACGAUCCUAUUUUUAAGACAUGGAAGGUGGCCCAGGGCACGUUGUCCUUAGGGAGGAGUUACGCUGGUGUGGCUGUUGUGGAUAAACCAGGAGACGGCCCAACAGCUACUGCUAUUAGCCAAUCAUAAACUUAUUGCAUUGCAUAUAUUGGAUAAUAUUUAUCCACCUUUACUUAAUAAUAAUAAUAAUAAUAAUAAUUGUUAUUAUUAUUAUUGUUUUUAUCGUGAUGCAGCUGUACUGUUUCCUCAUUCAUUCAUUCAAUAGGCUCCACCCUUUUUAUUAACAUUACUUUUAAUUUUUUGUAAUUAUUAUUUUUGACUUCCACAAUAAUUAUUAAUUGUUCUUACUACUAUUAAUUUUUCCUAUGCGAAUUGUCCAUUUAAGGAUAUAAAUCUUA